UGAGCUCUGAAGCGGCGGCUACCCUCAAUCUGUACGGACUAUAGUCAUGAAUCGACGCUCGCGCCGUAGAGGCAAGCGCGGGCGCACGAGCCCGGACCCCCCGGCGAAGCGCCGCCGCGGCCCGCUGGAGUCGAUGCCCGGCGAGCUGGAGGCCGCUACAGCUCCAGUGCCGGCGCCGGCUGCGGCUCCGCAGCCGUCCGUAGUGAUGUUCGCCGGGCUGCCGCCCGGGUGCGGAGUGAUAGAGCUAAAGUCGCGCCUGGAGGCGUACGGCCCCAUCGCGCGCACUCGCAUAGACGCCGCCGCGGCAACCGGGCACGUCACCUUCCGCUCCGCUUCCGCUGCCACGGCCGCCAUUGCCGCUUCCCUCGACCCCGAGUGCGGCAUCACCAUCGGAUCCAAGAAGGUUUUAGUUGUACAGGCAAAUGAGGCGCCAAAUAAUUCGACGAGCGUAAUUCAAUCAGAGCCGGCGGAUGCGAGUAACAAUAUUGCAAGUGAUACUUUGGCUAUCCCAAGCUCCAGAAUAGCUCCAGAAGCGAUCCACAAAGCGCGAGAAAUAGUCGCUUAUGAUGACCUGUUCUGAUACGCACUCUUCCUCUAGACAAGGGAGAAAUCAGUGUGCUGUUGUGCAAAAUUAGGGUCUUUAGCUGCCUAACUGUAACCAAGGGGUAUCUCCUAUCUCAUGAUGUUGCGCUGUAGGCCGUGACGAAUUGCUUGUCUUCAUCAUUGAACCUAUGUCGUACUGUGUAGCAGAAAUUUGCUUCUAACAUCGUUCAAAAGAUGAAAAAAAAUUAAAGGGCACAUCAUUUGUACUCCAUGUAUCAUGGAAGAAAUGGUAUCAAAUAGUUGGCCUAUACACACAAGCUA